GGAUGUCCUUAAUACUAAGGUUCAGUGAAUUCACUGUGGAUGUCCUUAAUACUAAGGUUCAGUGAAUUCUGCAUGGAUGUCCUUAAUACUAAGGUUCAGUGAAUUCAGCAUGGAUGUCCUUAAUACUAAGGUUCAGUGAAUUCAGCAUGGAUGUCCUUAAUACUAAGGUUCAGUGAAUUCAGCAUGGAUGUCCUUAAUACUAAGGUUCAGUGAAUUCAGCAUGGAUGUCCUUAAUACUAAGGUUCAGUGAAUUCACUGUGGAUGUCAUUUUUACAGAGGUUCAAUCAGUUAUAGUAAGUGAUAUCUAUACAGAGGUUGAAUCAGUUAUAGUAAGUGAUAUCUAUACAGAGGUUCAAUCAGUUAUAGUAAGUGAUAUCUAUACAGAGGUUGAAUCAGGUGGAGUGAGCGAUAUCUAUACAGAGGUUCAAUCAGUUAUAGUAAGUGAUAUCUAUACAGAGGUUCAAUCAGUUAUAGUAAGUGAUAUCUAUACAGAGGUUCAAUCAGUUAUAGUAAGUGAUAUCUAUACAGAGGUUCAAUCAGUUGGAGUGAGCGAUAUCUAUACAGAGGUUCAAUCAGUUAUAGUAAGUGAUAUCUAUACAGAGGUUCAAUCAGUUAUAGUAAGUGAUAUCUAUACAGAGGUUGAAUCAGGUGGAGUGAGCGAUAUCUAUACAGAGGUUCAAUCAGUUAUAGUAAGUGAUAUCUAUACAGAGGUUCAAUCAGUUAUAGUAAGUGAUAUCUAUACAGAGGUUCAAUCAGUUAUAGUAAGUGAUAUCUAUACAGAGGUUCAAUCAGUUGGAGUGAGCGAUAUCUAUACAGAGGUUCAAUCAGUUAUAGUAAGUGAUAUCUAUACAGAGGUUCAAUCAGUUAUAGUAAGUGAUAUCUAUACAGAGGUUCAAUCAGUUAUAGUAAGUGAUAUCUAUACACAGGUUCAAUCAGUUAUAUUGGGUCUUCUCCAUACAGCAGUUCAGUUCAAAGUAUUUUUUGCAUGUUUUUGGCAUUAUUCCAGCAACACCAGCUUCACACACUGUAGCCAUCUGGGAAGUCAAACCCAGGUCUUUGACAUGAUGAACCAACACUUGACCACCCCACUACCAGGAUCAGAAGUGGAGAACCGAGUGGUAUUGCCAGGUGAUGAAGGUUCCUUUUAGUGUACAACUAUGGUAUAUCAUAGAAAACAAACACCAGCUAUGGAAUAAUUCAUUUAUAAACCAAUAACCUCAUUCAUUCUGGAGUAAAGGUACUGAGUAACCAAACAAUGACAUUGAUAACAUGCUCAACAAGAUCAACAAGAUCAUACAGUAGUACAUUGCAAGGUAAUAUUUUGAUUGUGUCUCAACAGGAGAUCACUUGUGUUUACUGUGUACUUACUAGUGGUGGUCCGAUUAAUUGAAAUAAUCGAAGAUUGGUCGCAGUGACUAAACGACCAAGCAAUUGAUCAUGUUUUCUCAUAAUCGAACACAAACAAUUCUG